UGAUUUAUUUUCUGAUACUGUUUAUGAAGCCACUUUUCCAGGUAAAAAAUGGACUAUGACAUAAAAUUAUUCUCUGCCUUAUAGAGAGUAGAUUGAAAAUAAUAGUAUAUUGAGCCGUGGAAUAGUUUGUACCGUGUUAUUGUGUAACCGUCAGGUUUUGUUUAUUCUUUAUCAGCAGCAUUGUGUCUUUACAUUGUUUUGGUGACUUUGGUUGUUUAUGGACAUCAUGUAACAUUAUAAAGUGAAAAGUGGGAUUUUAUUGAAAUAUCUGUUUCUGUAUCCCUUGCUCACAUUACCAAUGUUGGAUCUAGCAGCAGAAACUAUGCCCACCCCCGCAAAGCGCGUGUGCAGAGAAACUAAUGAUGAAGCGGAAAUAACAUCCAUAGAAGUGACUGCUGAGAACGGAUCCUUGUCGCAUAACAACAACAAUGAUGAUAAAAGUCGAAAAAUUAUAAAAAAUGGCCUAAAGUCGGAACCAGAAACAGAUGAAAAUAGUCCAGGUUUUACAGAUGAAGACAGUGUUUUGGACGAUGAAGAUAAAAGUGAAGCGAUGAAUAUAAAUGGCGAAGGGGGAAAUUCUCAACCACAGAAAAAGACUGUUGCACAAAUUAUGCGUGAUAAAAAGAAACAGACUCAGUUAACGUUACAAUGGUUAGAAGAGAACUAUUGUAUCUGUGAAGGAGUAUGUUUACCUAGAUGUAUACUGUAUGCACAUUAUUUAGACUUCUGUAGAAAGGAAACAUUAGAGCCAGCAUGUGCAGCUACUUUUGGAAAGACAAUACGACAGAAGUUUCCACAUCUAACAACAAGACGACUUGGUACACGAGGACACUCAAAAUAUCAUUAUUAUGGAAUAGGUAUUCGAGAGACAAGCCAGUAUUACCAUUCAGUGUACACAGGGAAGGGGUUAACUCGGUUUUCAGGAUGCAAGCUGAAGAAUGAGGGAGGCUUCACUAGAAAGUAUACUCUAAGUUCGAAGACAGGAACGCUGUUACCCGAAUUUCCUAACGCACAAUACUUGAUUUUACCAUUGUCUAUACCACGAGAAAAGGUGGAGACAUUUAUCAUGAUGUACAAAACACAUUGUCAAUGCAUUCUAGAUACUGCAAUAAACGCUAACUUUGAAGAGAUUCAAAAUUUUUUGCUACAUUUCUGGCAAGGACUUCCAGAGCAUCUGUUCCCCUUAGUUGAGAACCAAGUGAUUGUUGAUGUAAUUUGUGUCUGUGAUAACAUCCUAUACAAGGUUUUAACAGAGGUGUUAAUUCCAUCUACUAUGCAGGAAAUGCCAGAAACGUUAUUAUGUGAUAUAAGAAAUUUUGCUAAACAUUGGGAAAACUGGGUAACCACAUCUCUUGAAAAUUUACCAGAGAAAUUAUCUGAGCACAAACUUCCAGUAUCAAGAAGAUUUUCAUCAGCAUUAAAACGACAGACAUCAUUUCUUCAUUUAGCUCAGACUGCUAGACCGGUGCUGUAUGAUGCCGCUUUAGUAAAUCAAACAAUAGAAGAUGUUGAUCGUAUAGACUUGAGUAGUAUAACCAGUAAUGCUCUAUGCACAUCGAGUGAUUCAGACAGUGACCUAGAUGUAAAUGGGGAAUUUUUAAAAGAAUUCAAAGACUUACUGCGGAAGCAGGCAACUGUUGAAGCGUUUACGGAAUGGCUAGAUACUCUUGUUGAACAGAAAGUUGUUAAGCCGAGUAAGCAAAACGGACGAUCUUUCAAGAAAAGAGCAUCAGCAUUUUUGUUAAAAUGGUCUUUCUUUGGAGCAAGAUUAAUGCACAAUCUUACCCUCAAUAAUGCACAAUGUUUUGGUUCAUUUCACCUUAUCAGAAUGUUACUUGAUGAAUAUGUAUUGCUAGCUGUUGAAACUCAAAUACAUGUAGAGAAAGACGCAGAAUUACAAGCCAUAUUGGAAAAACAUAUGAAAGCUGAUGAAACGGGUUCUCGUCCUAUCUCAACCCAACCAAGUACCUGUUUCCUUGCCAACAGACCAAACGGAAAUGCUCGUAAUAAUAAUAAUAUCAUGCCGAUCAAACCGGAACGAAUGGACGGGCCAAUAAAUGGAAUCAAUCCAUAUGGCCAAAUGAUUCACACUGAUAAGGAACAGGCAUAUAUGUCAAAUCAUCUACAUAAUCUUUCUGCAAUGACGCAGACUAUCCAAGGAGGAGGUAUAGGUAAUUUGUUGACGCCACCCAUCUCGCCAAUUGUCGUAAACCCAAUGAGGACGUCUGUUAUCAAUCCACCCAUGUCAUACGUGUCUCAGUCACAAUCAUUAGUACCGCCAUCAUAUCCUUAUUUAGGGCAACAUGACUAUCAAUCUGGUUCUAAUUAUAACAUUGGUGGAUAUACUCCUUAUUCCAGAAGUGCUUUUAGUUCUCACCCUGUUAAUCCAGUGCCGUACACCAUGAAAAAUGACUUUGACAUGUUCAAUCCGUUUUCAGAACAUACUUUUAAUGAUCCAUAUUUUAAUCCAUCAUAUCCAAGUCCACAACAACAAACUUUCCCAUCCACCACAGUACAAAGUCAGACCGGAAGUGCGUUUAAUGUAGUGCAGAGUAACCCAUCAUUUAAUGCACCAUACUCGGUUGGAGAAUUUUUUAACUCAAACUACCAACAAUCAAACAAACCAUUGGUGGAACAUGUAUCUGUUAUCCAGUCACGAAGCCAUUUCCAGAACGACAUCGACCCAUUGAAUAUAUUAGAUAAACCACACCAUAGAAAAGAGGCUAAUUAUGGUAGCCCUGCUAGCUGUCACAGUCCUAGACAGUUACAUAAUGUUCACCAAUCAGAGAAUCUCGGAGAUGACAUAAUAGGAAUGGCAGUAAAUGGUAUGUUAGCAGCAGACCAUGACAUGUCGUCACACUUCGCUGACCCCGGAUCGUUACCACCUGUCAAUACCAUUUUCAUGACGUGAUCAACCUAUCUUAUUGUAUAUCAUUCUAUGGAAGAUGGCUUAGAUGAAUCAAACAAAAUCAAAAGCAAUCUGAAAGCAAUGACUGGUGUUGAUCAAGCUGCAUGCGUUUUGCCAUUCAACGUCAUAAGUUAUCAUCAGAGGAAAUGGUUGAAGCAAUUGAAAUUAAAGUGCAAUGAUAGUGCUAAAUACAGAUUCGAUCAUGAUAGAAAAAGGAACUGUGAUUUAAGGACACAUUUUUUGUUGAUGCUCGAAGGGACCUAAUGUAAGGGCAAGCAUGAAUUAUUUGUGUUUAAAUCCUCGUUUGAACAUCGGUAAACUUCUGUUGCCUAAAUUUUGCAAUCUCAUAGUGUUACUUGUUAAUAUGUUCUUUAUUACUUAUAUGCUUCUAUCUAUUGUUUUGUUUUAUUUCUUUGAUUUAAGGAAGCCUUGUAAGCAAUAUCAAACCGAAUACUAUUAAUACCUUGAAAUGAUAUUUCUUCUUUUAUAGCGAUUUUUAUCAAGUAGAUAUUAGUAAUAGGAAACGUUUCUAUCUUUUUAUUUAGGUUUUUUGUUUCUAUGACAAGCAAGCAAUAUAUCUCGUUUUUCUAUUUGAGCUGGAAAUGAUCUGAGAAUAAAAGUAAAUAUAAAUGUAUUAAUGAUUUUUAAGACCCAAUUGUUAGUGUGUAGGUGAUUUUACUCCACAGCAAUAGCUAGAUCAAAGCGUGCUAUUUAUCAUUUGUGUAAAUACAUAUAUAAGUAGAAUAUAGACGUGAAUUAACUUGCCAUUUUCGUAACAGAACAAAUCAAAUUUGCAAAUCUGUUUACAUAUAUUAUAGUGUUAUGUAUAUAUAAGCAUUUGAAAUUUAAGAUGUUUUUAUUUUGUAAUGGAAUGCAAUUAUAUUUAUGUUUUAUUUGUAUAUUUUUGUAUAAACAUGUUACGUUUUGUAAAAGAAAAAAGAUUUUUUUCAUUUCAUAGGGUAAUUUGUUUAGUUGAUGAUGUAUCUUGUUAUGUAUUUCAUUCUGUUUUAUUCGUAUUGUAGGAUGUCCUCUUACUAAAAGAGUGUCUGUACAAUAAUACAUGGGAUGUUUCACACGUUAAAUUAGAUAUUGGUUGUAUUGGUAUUUUUGGAAUUUUGAUAAGUAGAAUACAAUAACAUACAUUUAUCUGGCAAUCCAUUCAAGAAAACUAGUAGUACAGUCUUAACACAGAAAUUGAUUUUUUUUUUAAAAUAAAAUGAGAAUCUUAACAUUUUAUAGAACGUAGCCCAUUUAAUUAAUAACCUUUCAAAAAUUGUAAUGGUAAACAUUUUAUCAUAAACAUCUGAAAAAAGAAAGCAAUAUUUAACGUUUCCAUGUACUUAACAAUACAUAUAUAUAAAACUUGAAACCAUAGUCCAAGUUUAAUGUAAGAACUAAUCUGAAAUGGCAUGAAAGAACCACUGGGAAUUACCAAUAUCAAUCUUUUUAUUAUUUAUAUACCGUGUUUAUCAUUCCUUGCUUGUUAUGAUCUGUUGUGUUUUUGUUGUUAUAUUUUUGACAUUUUUCUUCAUACAAUUGGUAUCAGCUUGUAAUAUUACUUUUAAAAUAUCACCAACUCGGACAAAACUACAAUGAUAUUAAAGGAUAUUCUAUGUAUGAAAAAUACAGAAAGAUUAACCUUUGAUAUAUGUUAAGUACGACUUCAAAAAUAGAGCGGAAUUGAUAACAAAAAUUCGUAUCACAAUUUAGAACUUGUCGUUAAACGGUAUAAUCCUAAUUCAUUUACCUAUUUAAUCAGUCCGAGCAGGUGAAAUUUUUAAAGUAAUAUCAUGUGAACAAAUUUAUUAUUCUAUCUAUAUAUAGAAUAAAAUACUUCAAAAAUAUUAAAA